CUCUUUCUCUUAAUCACCCCUUCCAUUUCUGUCUUCUCUCAUUUUCAUUUCUCUCUUCUCCAGUGCUGAGUCGAUUCUCCUCUGACUGUUGACUGCCGCAGCUCCGUCUUCUUGAAGAGCGCGUCUGCUCUCUACCUCUUCGACAAGGACUUUAUGGCCGGUGAAAACAGGGCGGCAUCAAGAGAUCUCCACCCUCUUGCGAGAAAACGAGACUUUAAUGGCGACACCAGCAAUGUGAAAGGUCAUAUCAAGAUUUGUCUUUGACAAUCAAAUCACACCAUCACCGAUCUUGCCACACGACGUCGUCCCAAGAAGAUCUUCUUCGACCAUGCCCUAAUUCUCCUUUCUCUACUAAAUCGUCGAUCUUCCAUGCCGAAUCGCAAUCGUCGGAGCCCCUCCCCCACCAUGAUUGCCAUGGUGUCUCCGUCAGAGAGUUCAAGAGAUGAGACUACGUCCCAUGAGGACUUUUAUACCCUUACGAAGGACUCUCUACCUCAAAUCGACGUCAUCAACGGCGCCGAGACUAUGAUCGUCAAUGGUGGUUGUACAGAGGCAAAAAGAGCCGUUGAUUUGGAGGACAUCUAUUUUUGGUUGAAGAAUUAUUUAGAGGAUGACAAGCAGAAGAAAAUUUCAAAUAAAGCUCGACAUUCAUCUUGUGUUGCUAGCAAAUAUGACGGAAUCAAAAAGUUCAAAAUUUUCGAUGAUGCCAGAUGCUUACGAACCUUCUUAGAGUUUUCACCGUGUAGGAGGAACUACAUAAUGGGGAAACAAGUGUACAUUGCGAAUGACAUAGGAAUCUCUUGCCUGCAGCCUUGGAGUGCUUUGAAAGCCAAUUAUUGGGCAUUGCUUGUCAGAGAUAAAUGCUCAGGGGUGCCUAAGUUAAUCGGGAGAACGAAGGAAGUUUUUGAGGAUGGUCAUGACUUUGCACGAUGA